AUUACCCGAAAAUGUUUGUUUAUUAUGCUGCGAUAAAGUAGGAUCUACUUAUGAUUUUCAAGAACUUGUAAAGAAAGCUCAACAAAAAUUAUUCGAUGCAAUUGAAGAGAAAAUAGUAUAUAUUAAAACAGAAAUACCAGAUCCAGAAGACGAGUGGUAUCAAACAACAUUGAAUAAUCAUAAUGCUAACGAAGAGAAAAAAGUAAAUUUUAAAACUGAAUUACCAGAGGUAGAAAAUGUGUGGUAUCAACAUGUUGAAACAACAUUGAAUGAACACGUUGCAAACAAAGAAAAAUUACUAAAGAGUAAAACUGAAUUACCAGAAUCAGAAAAUGAAUGGUAUCAAGAUGUGGAUACAACAUUGAAUGAUUAUGGUCCAAAUGAAGAUAAAUUAGUAAAUUUUAAAACUGAACCAGAACCACAAAAUGAGUGGUAUCAACAGGUUGAAACAACAUUGAAUGAUUAUGACGAUGAUAUCGUAAAGGAAGAAGUUUAUUUUUAGUGAAAGUUGGAGAAAAUUCAGAAGUUGAGAGAGAAAUUCAAGUUUCUACACCAAAAACUGUUCGUGUCCGACGUAGAAAUUGUGAGAAAAAAAGAAUACCCAUUGACCCUGAAUCAAUGAAAUUAGCAGUUCAAGCUGUUACUGGACCGAAUAAAGUAUCAAUGAGAGAAGCUGCUAGAAUUUUUAAUGUCAAAUUCUCUACACUUUUACGUCAUGUUAAUUUGUUCAAGGCAUCUGGUGCAACUGACUUUGAAUAUAAGGCUAGCUAUGAUGUCAAGAAGGUCUUUACGGAAGAAGAAGAACUAAAACUAAUAGAGUAUGUAAAAACCAUCACUAAAAUGAAUAAGGGUCUCACAAAAAAACAGCUUCGUGAAGUAGCCUAUCAGUUUGCUGUCACAAACAAAAAAAGAUACCCCUCUUCUUGGGAUAUAUUUAAACUUGCAGGAGAAGAAUGGAUGAGAUUAUUUUUGAAAAGACAUUCCGACGAUGGUGACCUAACCAUCAACCUGUUACCUACAGCCAGUUUUUAUAAAACAACUUUAGCUAAAUUUUUUGAUAAUUUGAAUGACGUACAUAAACGCUUUGGACCGUUCCCACCUCAAAGAAUUUGGACACAAAAUGAAAUCGCCGUGACUACGGAGCAAGAUCCUUCAACAGUUAUCUCAGUUAAAAAGUUUGGUGACAUGACGCUAACAGAAACUGAGCAUCUAAUAAUUAUAUCCGCUUGUUCCAAUGCUUUAGGAAAUCUAAUACCUCCCAUGAUGCUGUUCCCUAGUGCUCAUUAUAAAGAUUACAUGAUAAAGGGAGCACCCCCAGGUACAAUCGGUGAAGCUAACUUUUCGGGCGGUUUGAACGAAGAGUUGUUUUAUAAAUUUAUGGAGCAUUUUAUAAAACACACUAAACCUUCAAAAGAAGAACGUGUCAUCCUUAUAACUGAUAACGAUGAAACUCAUCUUGCACCAAAAACCUUAGACUUAGCGUCUAAUGCUGGGGUGGUGUUCGUAACUUUCCCACCUCAAAUUUCUCACAAAUUACAACCACUGAAUAUCUCUGUCUUUCUUGCGUUCAAGCUGUAUUAUGACCUAGCAGUUCAAUCGUGGCUUGUCAAAAAUCCUGGAAAAAAAGUUGGCGUUUAUAAUGUUGCCGAGUGCGUUGGAAAAGCUUACCCAAAAGCUUUUACUACUGACAGAAUAACUAGUGGCUUUGAAAAAGCAGGAAUUUAUCCUCUAGACAAAGCAAUACCUAAAGAUAAUGAGAUUGGGGAGGAUAACACGUCAUCUUCAAAGAGGAAGAAAAAAAGCUCACUACAAGAAAAUGUUUCAAAACCUUCAACGAGCACGUCUUCACCAGAGAGCUAUUUUCAAAAUAAAAAAAUUAAACUAGAAUAUGACAAUUUGGGUAUUCUAAAAUAAUCAUAAUAAGCACAGAAAAAUAAUAAUUCGAGAGAAAAAAAUCCUUAAAUGUCAAAGACAAAAAUAAGAAUAAAAGAGGUUUGUUAGAUUAUAACAGUGAAUCUGAAAAUGAAGAAGUGAAUUUAAUCUGUUAUAAGCCAGGAACGAAAAUCAAGUUUUAAUUUUAAAAGCCAGGUAUUUUAAGAGAAAAGGUAUGUGUUUAGGGCCAGGAACUAUACGAAAAUCAUGUUUUAAUUUUAAAAGACAGGUUUUUUAAGGAAAGAGGUAAUGUUUUGUUAUGAUUUAGCAACAAGAAGGGACCACCAGUGGAAUAGAUAGGAAAAAUUAUUGUUGAUUCAAAGAUCAAUACGAUUUUGAAUAUCAGAUUCAUUUUACUAACUGUGAACUGCCAGGAAAUUUAUAAAGAAAUCCGAAGAAAUAUUUAAUAUUUUAGUGAAAAAUAAAUGUGAUAAACUGCCAAACAAAG